AUGAUGAUGAUCUCUUCUUCAAGAAAUUCAAAUCAUCCAAUGGGUAGUAAUAGUUCUGGAAAUUCAGAACACUCACUAUCAUCAAUUUUUGUACACGCUCAAUAUACUCCGAACCCUAUUUUGUACGAAAUUUCAACCCGUCCUUGGCUCUAUGAGCUCUCUCAAAAGUACGGCUACAAGAUCAGACUCAAUAACAUUCCCAUGCAAGAAUUUCAAAAUUUGAAGCAAUUAGGAGUUCAGUAUGUGUGGUUGAUGGGAAUUUGGACGAUUGGUGAUUACGGAAGAUGUCGUGCUACAGAUUUAUCCAUGAGAGCUACUGAUUAUUCUCUCAAUUUACCUGAUUAUCAGAUGGAGGAUAUUAUUGGUAGUCCUUAUCAAGUAUUGCAAUAUACUGUCAAUCAGCUGGAGAUUGGUACAGAUAAUGAUUUGAUUAAUUUGAGACAAAAAUUGAAUGCCAUGGGACUUAAACUCAUGUUAGAUUUUGUUCCAAAUCACUCUGCUGUGGAUAAUCCAAAUGUGUGGCAAAACUCUUCACUGUAUGUGUUGAAUCCUCCCUCUGUUUCUCCACCUUAUGAUGCUUAUUCUUAUUUGCCUAAUGGAGUUGCAUAUGGAAAGGAUGGUUACUUCCCUGCAUGGACUGAUACGGCUCAAUUUAACUAUUGGAAUCCUCAAACUAGAACACUUCAAUUGACAAAUUUAAUGAAAGUUGCAAGUAUGGCUGAUGGUAUUCGAUGUGACAUGGCCAUGCUACUUUUGAACUCUCAAAUUAAUAGAAUUUGGGCAGCUCAAUUAAGUGAACGAGGAUAUUAUCAACCAAACACAGAAUUCUGGGAGUGGGCUAUUUCAGCCGUAAAACAAAAAUAUCCAAACACAAUCUUUAUGGCAGAAUGUUAUUGGGGACUCAACUCUCAACUUCAACAAUUGGGCUUUGAUUUUACUUAUGAUAAGGAUUUAUAUGAUGCACUCACUGCCAGUAGCAACACCAAAAAUAUUCACAAUUACCUGUCACAACAAUUAAUUCAAUAUGUUUCCCAUAGUGCUCACUUUGUAGAAAAUCAUGAUCAAGCAAGAGCUGUUGCAAACUUUGGAAGCUUAGCCAGAGCAAAUGCUGCCUGCGCCAUUUCUUUCUCAAUCCCUGGACUCAAAUUUUCAUAUUUUGGUCAAUGGAUUGGUAAAAAGAAUCCACUCGUGGUUCAACUCAGACGCAGCACCUCAGAACCCGUCCAACCAACAGCUGUUCAAUUCUACACUACAUUCAUUCCACUUGUUUCCAAUUUCACAACUCCAGAUGCCAUUUUCUCAUACAAAACAGUAAGCCAAAGCUCAGCUGCUUACAGAGUUUUUGCAUUCCAUUGGAGACUUCCAAAUUCAGGAGUGAGUUAUUUGGUAACCGUGAAUUAUAGUGAAAACCAAGGCAGUGGAGCCAUUGUUUUGGAUGACGUUCCAAAUGUUGCUGGUGACGUUCCAUUUGUAGAUGUAAUGAAUGGAAACACCACAUACAUGAGAAAUGCUCAACAAGUCAGAACAAGUGGAUUGUUUGUUGUCUUGUCCAGCUAUCAGGUGCAAAUUUUCAAAUAUUCGUCUGUGACUCCUUCGCUAAUCAAAAGAAUUUAA